UUCGCGGAUGGAUUAUCGGGCACGGGCGACGCCGACCGAGCUCUACGAUUUGCCCCUGGAACCCCGAUCUCGCCUAGCCGCGGAUCAGGAGGAGGAGGAGGAGGAGGAGGAUCGUUGUGACGUCACAAGCGUCCACACCGACGUGACGGAUACCCGUUGCAGACAAAACGUCUCUGACGACUGCAGGCGAUCGCCGUAUCUCGUCGACGACGACGACUUUCCUGCGCUACCAUGCCGUGCGAUCGAGGAAAAAACGCCGUCUGUUUCCAUCUACGAGAACGUCUCGGCCGUUGUGGCAAGCGUCACAGCGAGUACGGCGACCUGCUACGUCGAGCAGUCGGGUUCGACGAGGACGGUGCGGUUCGGAGCUCGCUGCUUCUACAGGAACGGCGAGCCCGCUUCGGGGAACCUCGGACGAGCGCUCGGCAAAGGGGACGCGGUGACGCUGGACUUCAUGGUGGGAACCAGGCGCGAAGGUGGCGACAUCGUUCACUGCGACCUCGCCUGGCAGGGAAGAAAGCCUCGCAAGGUGCCUCGGAUGAGCGCCGAGGAGAUGCUGGACAAACUGGACGUCAGUGGUGGACAGCCGACGAGCGAGGAUGAACUAUUUCUGCACGAAACGAUCGAUGACGACGAAUUGAGUGCACUGCUGGGCGAAUCGUCCGUGCCUGACAGCGGCAAGCGAGGCGGUGCGAGCGAGGCCACUGAAGAGGACUCCAGUAUGGAGGUCGAUCUCCUCGCCCAAGUUUCAGUGAACGGCGUGCAAAGGACGACCUGCGACGGUGACAAACAAUACGUGCUUACGGAGAAGCAAGUGCCCGCCUUCGCAAGGUUGAUCCUUCAGCAACUGGCAAGGGCGAGCCACCAACCUAACAGUCGAGUCAGUCUUCGGCACGCCAGCACCCAGACCGAAGAACAAUAGUGCCAUACAACGAUAUGGCUUUGGAUUUUCAUCGCGAACACUAGUUUUCUUCAAUCGUUCCAGUCAGUACCCGACAGGCCUGUUUUGCGAUGUGUGCGGGACCAUUCAGCGAUGAGCGUACUUUCUGGGGCAAAAAUUUAGAGAGAGCGGCAAAAAUUAAAUUGUUUGCAAAUACAGCCGUGAAAUUUAGAAUUGUGACAGUGCAUUGGUCGCACAAUAAUGCGUGGAAUAUGCAUACCACUCGAUUUCCGUGCGUAUAUGUCAAGGCUGCACAAAAAAAAAAAAAAAACGCGGAUUCUGUGGUCUCCACACUUUCACUCACGACUGUACCAUAUUGCCUAAGCGACGGACAGAGAAAGGACGGAUAUGGACGAAUCUGUGUCCAUAAGUAUCUUCUCUUCUGUGCCCAUAAGUAUCUUCUGAACUUCUGGCUAGCCGUGCCUCUAUACGCAGUCAUUGAGGGGGCACUUACGGGCACCUGAGUCAGUUCAAGCCAAUAAAACAUGCUUCCAAAA